UCUAAAAGUGAACACAAAUUGUUUAAUAAAAAACACAUGAUUUCUAGUAAAUAGUUAUUUAAUUUAUAUUAAUUAAUUAUAUUUAAUAACAAAUUUGUGUUAAAAAAAUGUUAAACAAAUUAGUUUUGUUGUCUUCACGCUUAAGACCACGACAUGGAUGGCUAUAUAUAAACCGAUUGAUGUCCAACAUUACUGCCGACAAUGAGGCCAAAAUUACGGUGACAAAUGACGGCCAGACUAUCGUUUGUCUUCAUGAGGACCGACUGUUUCCUUACGAACACUCGAGGCCGAUCCCUGAGACCAGCGAAUGGCUUAAAGAAGACGAAUCGGUACUAAAGAUAUCGCACCGCAUCUCUGGUCAAAACAUACACCACGGGUCGGGUCCUGAUCUCGAAGAACUACAAUUACUGACGUUUACACCGGCAUUCAAGUGGAAAAGGAGACCACUCAAGAGAGUUGUUCCCAAACCGCCUCAUCCGAGACCUGGUAUUUAGAUUCUGGUAUAUAAUUACCGGUAAAUAUACGAAUAUAAUAGU